GAAGAGAGCUGCAAAACGAUCUUCUUCCAUAAAUGAUCAACAAUUAGAAAGAGAGAUAGAAGUGUUUGAGAAAAUUUCUUUAUCUGAAGUUGUCGAUUAUGUCACCAGCAAAGCUGCUAAUCUUGAGCAUGAUGAUAUGCUAUCCUUCGAUCUUUGCGUUGAGCUUGAUGAUGUAUUGGUUGCUGCACAUAAUGCAAAAAAUACGGUAAAGUUAAUAGUGGAUGAGAUCGAGGGAUUUGAUGGAUAUGAUUGGAUAUUCACAACUGGACCUGAAAUGUCAUUACGCCAUUAUGGAGUCAGUAUAUUUUAUCUUGCAUGUUCACAGUGCUGUGAACUUGAGCCAAGAGAAGCAAUGAUUAGAUUUCAUCAUAAUAUUCAGCAUGAGAAACCUGUUGAUAUUACUAUCCCACCGGAAGUAAAGCACGAAAUUAUGCAAAAUCUUCAUAUGAAUCCCGUGCAGUUACGAGCACAUCUCCGUCAAAUGUUUGAUGUUUCGCUUGUCACUGCGAAACAAAUUUACUAUUGGUGGUCAACAUCUUGCCAGCGCUUUUAUAAAUCAGAUGAAGAUCAUGUAGUUUCUGUGUGUCACUUUACAGUGAUUGGAUUCACAACUCCUUUAUUAGCUGGGUUAUUACCAUUGUCGAGUGUACAUUGUGACGCAACUUACAAAAUGACCAAAGGAUGCUUCGAACUCUACGGGAUUAUCGGUAACAUUGAGGGUGCAGAAUUUCCAGUAGCAUAUCUCAUUUUGAACACUACGAAGUCGCAAGCGAAUUCAUCGCAAUCAAUAUCAACCAGAUGA